AUGGCCCCGUCCGUCCCUCCGAUUCCGGCGACCCUCCUCGCCCUCUCCCUCCUCGCCAUCCUCUCCCUCGCCACCGCCUACCGCCCCUGGCCCAGCACCCACCCAAACGCCACCGACCUCGCCCUCGCCGGCUCCAAGAAAUUCGAAGGCUCGUCGGACUUCGUCCACCUCCGCUACCACAUGGGCCCGGUACUCACCAACAACAUCACCGUCCACAUCAUCUGGUACGGCACCUGGCAGAAGCCCCAGAAGAAAAUCAUCCGCGAGUUCAUCUCCUCCAUCUCCGCCUCCCCCGCCGCCUCCGACCCCACGCGCCGCCGCUCCACCGUCGCCGGCUGGUGGAAGACCGUGCAGCUCUACACCGACCAGACCGGCUCCAACAUCUCCCGCUCCGUCGCCCUGGGGCAGGAAAAAAACGACCGGUUCUACUCCCACGGCAAAUCCCUCACCAGGCUCUCGAUCCAGUCCGUAAUCAAGAGCGCCGUCACGGCGAAAUCCCAGCCGCUGCCGAUCAACCCUAAAAGCGGGCUCUACCUCCUCCUCACCUCCGAUGACGUGUACGUCCAGGAUUUCUGCGGGCAGGUGUGUGGGUUCCACUACUUCACUUUCCCCUCGAUCGUGGGGUACACGCUCCCGUACGCGUGGGUGGGGAACAGCGCCAAGCUCUGCCCCGGGGUUUGCGCGUAUCCGUUCGCCGUCCCCGCCUACAUGCCGCAGCUGAAGCCGGCGAAGUCGCCCAACGGCGACGCCGGCGUCGACGGGAUGGUGAGCGUGAUCGCGCACGAGAUCGCCGAGCUGGCGAGCAACCCGCUCGCCAACGCUUGGUACGCCGGGCAGGACCCGAGUUUCCCGGUGGAGAUUGCGGACCUGUGCGAGGGCAUUUACGGCACCGGCGGCGGCGGGUCGUACACCGGGCAGAUGUUGGAGGGACGGGAUGGCGCCACGUAUAACAUGAACGGGAUCCGACGGAGGUACUUGGUCCAGUGGGUGUGGAACCAUGUGGUUAAUUACUGUACUGGCCCUAAUGCGCUCGAUCAGUAG